UCCAAAAUACUUUAGGCCUUGUGUCUAUUAAAAAAACACAGAAAUUAAAAGUGUAAAUCAUCUCAUAAUUACCAGCCAUGGCAAUGAAUAUUUCCAUAGAAGAUCAACCUCAUAUCUUGCUUUUCUUAAUCAUCUGCUUAGUAUCUGCUCUUAUAAUAGUUCAAUCAUUUAUCAAGAAUCUCAAACAAUCAAACAAGAAAAUCCAACAUCAACCUCCUAGCCCGUUAGCAUUACCAAUCAUCGGUCAUAUGUAUCUUCUUGGUUCAGUGUUACACCAAUCCUUUCAGAAAUUAGCAUUGCGCUAUGGGCCAUUCAUGUUGAUCCGUGUUGGUAAUCAUCGUCAUAUAUAGUGUCGAAUGGCGCCAUAGCAAAAGAAAUUUUUAAGACUAAUGAUGUCAAUUUUGCUGCUAGGCCAGAAUUUGGCUCUUCAGAGUACCAAAUUUUCAAAGACACCUUGUUUUCCACUUUGGAUUAUACCAAGUAUUGGAUUUUUAUGAAGAAAAUUUGUAUGACAGAGAUUCUCUCCCCUCAGCAGAUAAUUAAAUUUGCUGAUGUUAGGAAGGAGGAAAUGAUGAAAUUGUUGGAAUUUUUCGCGGAGUGUUCAGAACAAGGGGAGGCUUGUGAUGUUGGAAAUCAACUUAUGGCUAUGACAAAUAAUCUUAUUUGUAGGCUGACUAUGAGCACCAGAACCUCAACUAAUGUCAAUGAGAGCGCGGAGAUAAGAGAAAUCGCUAAGGGAAUAACAUUACUUUCAGGGCAAUUGAGCUUAGGUGAAGUGUUUGGUCCUUUGAAGAAAUAUGAUCUUCUUGGAGCUGGAAGAAAGGUCAAAGCUUUGUUGCUUACGUUUGAUAAGUUUAUGGAUGGGAUCAUCGAGAAACACGAAGAGGAAAGGCGUGCUGGAAGUAAAGACAGGAAAUAUAUGAUGGAUAUUCUUCUGGAAAUUGCAGAUGAUAAAAGCACUGAGAUGAAGCUCACUAGAAAUGGCAUCAAGGGUCUUUUCUUGGAUCUGUUCUUGGGAGGAACUGAUACAACAAGUGUGGCUUUGCAAUGGGCGCUCGCGGAGCUGCUGAACCAUCCAAAGGCAAUAAAGAAGCUGCAACAAGAGAUUGACAGAAUUGUUGGGGUGCAAAACAGACUGGUUGAGGAUUCAGAUAUACAAAAUCUUCCUUAUCUGCAAGCUGUUGUCAAGGAAACUCUAAGAUUGCAUCCUUCAUUGCCCUUAGUAUUUCGAAAAUGCAGGGAAGAUUGUGUGAUCAAUGGUUACAAAAUACUUAAAGAUUCUAGGCUUGUAGUCAACCUUUACGCGGUUAAUAGGGACUCAAAUGCAUGGGCUGAUGCAGAUGAGUUUGUGCCAGAGAGAUAUCUUAACUUGAACGAGAACCUCGCGAUCGAGCCUGAUGAAUUGGAGGCCAUUAAAGAUGGCCAGAACUUCUGUUAUGUGCCAUUUGGUGGAGGAAGGAGAGGAUGCCCUGGUGCUGGACUUGCAGCAGCAGUGUUGCAUAGGACACUUGGUGCAAUGAUCCAAUGUUUUUAUUGGAAAAUUAAAGAUGCAGAAACACUUAAUAUGGAACAAGGAGCUGGAUUUUCUGCUGCCAUGGUUUAUCCUUUGGUUUGUUAUCCUGUUAUGCGUGUAAAAAAGGACAGUCUGGUGCAUAAAGCAUUUUGUGUUCGCAUGGGGUCCGAGGAAGGGCUGCACUCCGAGGAGUGUGAUGUAGGCAGCCUAGCUACCCUGAUACAAACAUCAGUGGCUGAUUCCAAGACUUGAGCCCGUGACCUAUAAGUUACAUUGAGACAACUUUACCGUUGCUCCAACUUUAUUGUUACGCGUGUUAAUCCAAUAGAAUUUGCCACUAUUUCCAACUGAUUGGACUACAUAGGAAGGAGCCAAAGGUCUUAAUUUCAGUUCAGACUGUUAAACUUAUCUGUUGUUGUUACCGUCUGAUUAUGUCAAUGUCAUGUUUAUUUUCA